GGCAGUUGUGUUACGACAGUCAGUCAGUGAAGAACCGCUUUCGUCGAUGGCGGGAAUACACAGCGACUGAUGGACAUUUCGUGGGUGCAAUUGAUUUGGAUUGGAACUCUCCUCUCUCUGGUGGUGAAAUCAAUGCUCUGAUUUAUCCAUCGCAUCAGUCGAUGAUGGGUGAUUUGGGAAAUUCAGCGUGAAACAUCAACCCACCCACCCACACUGAAAAGACGUGGAUUUUUUUUAUGCUAAAGUGUUAAAGAGACUCUCACACGUUGUGAUUUAAUCAUCUGAUUCAGAGAAGUCUCGAUUUUUUUUUGCGGAUUUCCUCUUUCUUCGCGCCGAAAGCGAAAGUGCGGUAAAAAAAAAGAAAAUUGCUGUGAAGAAAUUCUGCGAAGUUUAGUGUGUGCAAUUAUCUAAAAAUACAUAAUAUUGUCAUCACUCUGUGAAGGAAUCAUCAACACAACAGACGACCUAAGCUUAGAACCGCUAAAUAAAAAAAAACCCCGGUCCCUGGAAAAUCGUGUGGUUGGACAAUCAACACUUUCUCGAUGACUAUCUUAUCACGAGUUUAUACACUUUAGACGAUGUUUGUGCACAACAGUGCUCAAAGGGAGAAGAAAUAACUCGAGUUUUGUAUUUAAUCUCUUUUGGGGCAUGAUAAAGUUCUUGUUGGUGUUGUGACUUGUUGAAUAAAUUUCCUCUCUUCUUGUGUGCGCGCUGUGUUCACAUAAAGCAAAAAACCACAUUUAAGAUGUUGGCUGUGAAGAACUUCUUCCUUCCCGAAAGGAAGGCCCCGGAAGCCACUCCACGCUUCUCCCGAAUGCCCGAAACUUUUCUUCGAUCAAUCCGUCGGAGGUCCCUACGUGUGAAGAGGACAAAAUCCUUGGUGGCGUCUGAACGUGAAAAGCGAAAGUCUGAUUCCUUCGUCAACAGCCAAGAAUGGACAAUUUCGAGAUCGGUGCCGGAUUUACGACUUGGUAUCGUUGGAUCACUUAGCUCCGGGAAAUCCGCCCUUGUUCAUCGCUACCUCACGGGAUCGUACAUGCAGGAAGAAUCACCGGAAGGUGGGCGCUUCAAGAAGGAAGUCUUCAUUGACAAUCAGAGCUAUUUGUUGCUCAUACGCGAUGAAGGUGGACCACCUGAAAUGCAGUUUGCAGCGUGGGUGGAUGCUGUAAUCUUUGUGUUCAGCCUGGAGAAUGAGGCAAGCUUCAAUGCAGUGUACAACUACUUCACAAAGAUGUCCCACUUCAGGAAUAGCUCAGAGAUACCCAUAAUUCUCGUUGGGACUCAAGAUGCAAUCAGUGAGAGGAAUCCCCGUGUGAUUGAUGAUGUUCGUGCCAGGAAAUUGGCGAGUGACCUAAAGUGGUGUUCCUACUAUGAAACAUGUGCAACAUAUGGUCUCAAUGUGGAGCGUGUCUUUCACGAUGCAUGCCAGAAGAUCGUACAGCAUAGAUUGGGUGGACCACAACCCCCACAUUCAAUCACACCAACCAAUUCGAGGCCAACAACCCCCCAGGGGACACGUUUGGGUGUAGCCAGCUACCAUGGGGGUGUUGGGAGCCCCACAAAUGGCUUCACCACCUCAUCCGGGAGUCCAGCUAGCAAUGCAACCCUAAGUUCGGCCUCACCAAGUCACAUUUCAGCCUCACACGGCAACCUCACCCUACCCCACCGACAUCACACCCUUUCAGCAUCAAGCCAUCACAUCCCGAUUCGCAUUAGUGCAGAUUUGGUAGCUCAUGGCGCUGUGGCGGAUCACGGGAAAUGGGGUACGAUCUCACAUGGAUCCUCACAGCAGGCUCUCGUUGCAAUUACAGCAGAAAACAACAACAUCACCAAAUUUGCACCACAAGCAAUUACGCGGGAUCUCGAUAACUUCCAUCAGGUUGGCACUGCUGUGGCUAAGGAUGCUACCCCGAAGGAACUCCCAACACCAACAUCCACACCCACAACAAGUAGGAAGAGUAGACGCCGCUCAAAUCUCUUCAUACCAUCGUCGAAGAAGAGUGAUGAAAAAUUGAAGAAUGGCGGUGAAUUGGGAAGUGGGAGGGCAAUCCCACUGAAACAAGGCUACCUCUACAAGCGUAGCAGUAAAUCCCUAAAUAAGGAGUGGAAGAAGAAGUACGUGACGCUGUGCGAUGAUGGCCGACUAACCUACCACCCAUCGCUGCAUGAUUACAUGGACGACGUUCACGGGAAAGAGAUUCAACUGCAACUGGUAACAGUUAAGGUACCCGGACAGAAACCCAGAGGCUCCAAAUCCAUCAUUACCAAUAGUGCCCUAACGGCAAUAAAGGCGCACGCAAAUGGACUCACCGAGGGCCUAGGGGGACUAUCAUUGGCCAAAGAGAAGAAGGAGAAGGUUCUUCUCACAGCAUACGACACACUUAGGGAGCCUGGGAAGAGUAAUUCUCAGACGAGCGGUGAUGAGGGCAUUGCACUGAGCAAUAGCAAUUCGCAAACCUUCAUCAACAGCGAUAGCGCCAAAGAGGCUCAAACGCCGAAUGUUAAGAAGCGACAUCGACGCAUGAAGAGUAGUGGUGUGAAGAAUAAUGAGUACGACGAUUCCGAUGGCUUUGAAUUCUACAUUGUUUCACUUGGGAAUAAGCAGUGGCAUUUUGAGGCAGCCAACUCCGAGGAGCGCGAUGAAUGGGUGACAGCCAUUGAGCAGGAAAUCUUCAAGACACUGCAGGGCAAUGAGUCAACCAAGUCAAAGCAGCAGAAUAGCAGCACGGAUAUGGCCUCAAUGCAACUUGUGCGAAAUCGGGUUCCUGGAAAUAGUCACUGCGUUGAUUGUGAUGCACCCAAUCCCGAAUGGGCGAGUCUCAACUUGGGUAUUGUGAUGUGCAUUGAAUGCUCAGGUGUUCAUCGAAAUCUUGGAUCGCAUAUCAGCAAAGUUCGUUCCCUGGGACUCGAUGAGUGGCCUCCGGGGCAUCUCAGUGUGAUGCUGGCUGUUGGCAAUUCCCUCGCUAAUUCCGUAUGGGAGGCAAAUGUACCGCGAGGCCGCGUAAAACCUACCUCGGGGUCUUCGCGUGAGGAGAAGGAAGCUUGGAUUAGGAGCAAGUAUGAGGGGAAGGAAUUCCUUCCGGCACCCCCGCAAGCUGGGCAUGUGGCGCAACAGCUCACUGAGGCUAUCUUCCGGCCAGACAUGCGGAAUAUCAUUCUUUUGCUGGCUCAUGCAACACCCGAGCAGGUGAAUGCACCAAUCAAUGCCAGAGAUCUCCGGACACCGCUCCAUGUGGCAUGUGGCGUUGGAAAUCUCGCCAUUGUGCAGCUUCUUAUUUGGUACAAUGCCAACAUAAAGCAAAUCGAUCAGGAUGGACGAUCGUGCUUAACGCAUGCCCGUGAAGCCCUGGCUGUGGCUGCAACGUCUGUUAAGGCAAACAGCAGCGGUGUGCAGCAGCAUCACCAUCAAUACUCCUUGGAGGCUACCACAGCUCUCGUGGAGCUGCUGGUGGGACUCGGAUGCCCGGACACGGUUGUACCUUCGGGAGGAACGCUCUCAAGGCGUCGGGAGACAUUUGGUCCGGCAUACGAGAAGCUCCCUUCGAGCGUUAUUUAGAGACACCACAGAGUCCUUCAAAUAUGAGGCUCUACUACCUUUGUGAUCACUCCCUUUCGCACCCGUCUGCCGAUACUUUGCAGUGGAUGCCCUUCUUGUUUCCCCGAACCCUCUAUAUUUUAUACAUAGUGACACAGGAUGCUCCUAAAGCGGUGGUGGCAGGACUACAACCAACUUCUAAUAGAGACUACUUAAAAUUCCAGUAAAUUCCUUAAAUCUUUUAGAACUCAUUCGUCCCAGUUUUAUUGCUGUAAUUCGUUAGAAGAAGAAAACUACCCCCAUCUUGACCACCGCUGGGAGCCCCUAUAUCAACCACAUAAUAAUAAAUGUUUGAAUGCAAGAUUAAAAAAAAGGAUGUAAAAUUAGCCGUUAAAUGAACGUUAGAAUUAGGAAGCAAAAGAUGUAAGAUUAAUCAUUCUUUGAGGAAAUUAGCAACAAGCAAAAGUAGCGAAACCCGACCAUUUAUGCAAAGAAAUAAACAAAAAGUAUUGCUAGAAAAUUUAGGAAAAAAGAAAACCAGAAAAUAUCCUUAAAAUGCGCUUUCCCAGAAACUUAAUUCCCUUUUUUUCUCUUAAUUCCUUAAUUUACACCCUGUGUAUAUAGAAUGUAUACUCGAUAAUUUAUUCUAAUGUGAAUGUGCUGUAGUAUUUAUAUUAUUAUAAAAUAUAUAAAAUGAGACAAAUUAAAA